CAGAACAGGAAAGAAUUCGCAUUUCAGAUUUCACUUCGUUUAUCACCAGCUUCUGGUGUAUCCAAAAAAAAUAUUAAAGAAAAGAAAAAACAAAACGCAAAAGAUAAGCAAAAUUUUUUUUAAAAAAAUUAAUUACUGAUAACUUGCCAAAAUGUCAUAUAACCGCAUGCAAAGUGAGCCAAAGGACUUGGCCACUUUAGCCAAACCACUUAAUAAUGGCGAACGAUAUCCACCUAUACCAUUGCCUCCACCGGCAAAUGCCGCCAUGCUGCCAACCGGAGUAGCCGCCGCCGAUCCAUUGGCCGUAUUGGAGACUGGUCAGAUCAUCAUACACAAUGGUUCCGCCUAUGUGGUGACAGGACCAAAAGAUGAUGAGAAUCCGAAUUUUGCAUUUAACGAUCAAAGCAUACGCAAAGGUUUCAUAAGGAAAGUCUAUGGAAUACUCUUGGUACAAUUACUCAUUACUUGCGGUGUUAUUGCACUUUUUAUCUACCAUGAGCCAACAAAAUGGUUUGUACGGCAAAAUCAAUAUGUUUUGGGAGUCGCAAUGGUCUCCAAUAUAAUCGUAAUGCUAUCGAUGGCCUGCUGUGAGACAGCUCGACGAAGUUUUCCGUUGAAUUUCAUAUGCCUGGGCUUCUUCACCGUGACCAUGUCCUUGUUGCUGGGCGCUGUGGCCAGUAGUUUGGAUUCACAAGAUGUCCUAAUGGCUGUGGGCAUAACAGUCCUGCUGGUGGUCGGCCUUUCCAUCUAUGCCAUACAAACCAAAUAUGAUUUUACCGCUUGGGGUGGUGUCCUGGUCUCGUGUAUUUUGUGUCUGUUUGUCCUAAGUCUUGUGGGUGCAUUUAAUCCUUCCAUUUUCUCAAAUAUUGCCAUUGCUUCGUUCGGCGCCCUGAUCGCCUGUUUCCUGCUCAUCUAUGACACUCAAUUGAUCAUGGGCGGCAAUCACAAGUAUCAGUUUAAUCCAGAGGAUUAUAUAUUUGCUGCCCUGACACUUUAUGUGGAUAUAGUGCGUAUAUUUUUAUAUGUUCUACGUUUGGUUGCCAGAAAAUAAACUGCAUUUGCAUGAGAAACAAAAAACUGUUUCUAAUAUAAACCUAAAUUAAUAUAUAUAUACUAAAUGUAUGUGAAUUUACCAUUUUAUAUAUGUGAAUGUACAUUGUGAAAAAUAUUUUACAAAAAAGCAAAAAAUAAGAACAAAAAAAAAACUAAAGACUCUUAAAUAAUUUUAAACAAUUAUGUUUAGCUCUAAGCUUGAUCAAAAUGGCCAUCAAAUGGUUAGCCAAAAGAACAAAAUAGUUUUAUAUAAAAUAUACACUAUGCAAUCAAAACGAAUGGAAAUGAAUUAUUUUUAUUAAUUUUAUACAAUUUGAAAGCUUUGAUAUAAUAUUUAAGUAACUGACCGUUUCCAUUCUUUAUCAGCAUUUGUUUUUAGCUGUUUGUCCCAUUCGUAGAAACAUCGAAGUUUUGUAGCAUAGUGUUAUUUUAAAUAAAAAUCCAUACUAAAAAAAAACGAGUCAAGGCUGUUGAUUUUAUAUAAUUGAAUUCAACUCAACAUUUUAUGUUGCAUAUUUCAUUUUCUUUAUAUAUAUAUAUAUAUAUAUUAUUUUAUUAAGCUUAAGUUUGUUUUUGGCUCCUCUUUGUCAAUUGUUAAUUACAUACAUAUGUAUAAUUAUAAAUUUUAUAUGUAUAUGUGUAUUGGGGGUUGUAACUAUAAAAUACAAUCACAAAAAAUCGUA